AGGCAGCGGCGGUGCUUCUUGCGCCCUCAUUGCCCGUUACGCAGGUCCAAGGCCGGGUUGGUGAAGCCGAGGGAAGGGCGUGAGCCUCAUCGCUGUGAUAACGGGAGAACCGAGGGACCUCCUUUGCCCUCGCCAGCCUCAGCUCGGCACCUUCCAGAGGGGAGGGAGCCGAAUUCUGGGGCGGGGCGGGGCGGAGCGGAGAGCCAUGUUGUUUUGGAAAGCAGGACCUGGAGAAAUGGAAGACGAGGAUCUAAGCGGUAAAGAAUUGCCAACAAUCACUUCCAUUAUGAACAAAGUUAGAGAUAUUAAAAAUAAGAUUAAGAAUGAGGAUCUUACUGAUGAGUUGAAUUUUAAUAAAGUCUCUGCAGAUACUUCUGACAAUUCAGGAACUGUUAACCGAAUUAUGAUGACAGCAAACAACCCAGAGAACUGGUUGAAUUUUUUGCUAAAAAUAGAAAAAAAAAGUAUUCCUCAAAAUGAUGGAUUUCUAAAUAAAUUGAUUGGCCGUUAUAGUCAAGCAAUUGAAGCUCUUCCUCCAGACAAAUAUGGUCAAAAUGAAAGUUUUGCUCGAAUUCAAGUGAGAUUUGCUGAAUUGAAAGCUAUUCAAGAACCAGAUGAUGCACGUGACUGCUUUCAGAUGGCCAAGGCUAACUGCAAGAAAUUUGCUUUUGUGCAUGUGUCUUUUGCACAGUUUGAACUAUCUCAAGGUAACUUCAAAAAAAGUAAGCAACUUCUUCAAAAGGCUAUAGAAUGUGGCGCAGUCCCACUAGAAAUGUUAAAAAUUGCCAUACAAAAUUUAAAUCUACAGAAAAAACAAUUGCUUUCAGAGGAGGAAAAAAAUAACUUUUCAGCAACUACCAUUUUAACCACCCAAGAAUCAUUCCAAAACCCUCUUGGAAAUUUACAGAAUAGAAAUACUAAUUGUGAUUCCAGAAGACCAUCUAAUGUGGCCAGAUUUUUAUAUGGGGAAAAUAUACCUCCUCAAGAUACAGAGAUGAGUAGUAGAAAUCCCUUGAAGCAAUUAAACAAAUCUAAACCAUCAUGCCCAUUUGGAAGAGUUCCAGUUAACCUUAUUAAUAGCCCAGAUGGAACUGUGAAGACAGAUGGUCCAGUUGGUCAGAGUUUUAUAAAAAGACAAACUCCUGGAUCAGAAUAUAGAGAUUUGAUUGUACCGAAACCAGAAGAACCAAGUGAAAACGAUUCAUAUGAGUUAAAAGAUAUAAAGACACUUCAAAAUAUCUACUCCAUGGAUUUUCAGUUAGCAGGUGAGAAGAGUUCAGAGCUUGCUCCUGAUUUAACAAUAACACUAAGGAAUAAAACAGGAUCUUGUCUUCCAACCAAAAAAGAAGAAAACAAAGCACAGUAUCAAGAACCAAAAGUACCAGAAAAUAACCAGAUCCUUCGACAAUCUAAUUUCAGUAGUAGUAAUAGAAAAUCAGAGUCCUUAAACCAAAAUUCUGUGGUGUCUUCUAGUCAGUGGCAAAUUCCAGAGGCAAACCGAAAUUCUGUACCAGAGCAAAAACGUUCCAGUUUUGAACAACCUGGCUUAACAAUUCCAAAACAAUCUCCACCAGUAACAGCUCCUAAAAGAACUGAUAACAAAUUUAUGUGCAACACACCUAGCAGCAGCACACUAAAUGACUACAUGGCCUGUUUUAGAACUCCAGUUGUAAAGAAUGACUUUCCACCAGGACCUCAGUUUUCUACUCCUUACAGUCAACCUUCCUACUUACAGCAGCAACAACAAACACCAGCAACUCCAUUUCAAAGCUUACAGAUUUCAGGAUCAUUUUCUUCAAAUGAAUAUAUUUCAGUUAAAGGAAGAAUUUAUUCCAUAUUAAAGCAGAUAGGAAGUGGAGGUUCAAGUAAGGUUUUUCAAGUAUUGAGUGAAAAGAAGCAGAUAUAUGCUAUCAAAUAUGUGAAUUUGGAAGAAGCUGACCAUCAAACCAUUGAGAGCUACCGGAAUGAAAUUGCUUAUUUGAGUAAAUUACAACAACACAGUGAUAAGAUCAUUCGACUUUAUGAUUAUGAAAUCACUGAUCACUAUAUUUAUAUGGUGAUGGAAUGUGGAAACAUCGAUCUUAAUAGUUGGCUUAAAAAGAAAAAAACAAUCAAUCCUUGGGAACGCAAAAGUUACUGGAAAAACAUGUUGGAAGCAGUUCAUACAAUCCACCAGCAUGGCAUUGUUCAUAGUGAUCUGAAACCUGCUAACUUCCUGAUAGUUGAUGGAAUGCUUAAGCUAAUUGAUUUUGGGAUUGCCAACCAAAUACAGCCAGAUAUGACAAGCAUUAUUAAAGAUUCUCAGGUUGGUACAGUUAAUUAUAUGCCACCAGAAGCCAUCAAAGAUAUGUCUUCUUCAAGAGAGAAUGGGAAAUCAAAAUCAAAGAUAAGCCCAAAAAGUGAUGUGUGGUCCUUAGGAUGCAUUUUAUACUGCAUGACUUAUGGGAAGACUCCGUUUCAGCAUAUAAUAAAUCAGAUCACUAAGUUACAUGCUAUAAUUGAUCCUAAUCAUGAAAUAGAAUUCCCUGAAAUUGCUGAAAAAGAUCUACAGGAUGUACUAAAGUGUUGCUUAAUAAGGGAUCCUAAACAGAGAAUAUCUGUUCCUGAACUCUUAGUACAUCCAUAUGUUCAGAUUCAAACUCAGUCACAACCAGGUGGUCAAGUCAUUAAGGGAACCACAGAGGAAAUGAAACAUGUUCUUGGCCAGCUUGUUGGCCUGAAUUCUCCUAACUCUAUUUUAAAAGCUGCCAGAACUUUAUAUGAACAGUACAGCAGUGGAGAUAGCCAUGAUUCAUCAUCAUUUGCCAAACCAUAUGACCAAAAAUGGAAAAAGAAAUGAUAGGCAACCUCUGAUAUGUAACCUACCACUUUUUGUAUAUUUUUAAGUGUGUGUGUGUGUGUGUGUGUGUGUGUGUGUGUGUGUGUGUGUGUGUGUGUGUGUGUAUGUAUGUGUAGUGUAUGUUCUACUCCUGGUUCCUUUUGAAUUCUCUUGUAGUCUUAUAAAUUAUACUAUAAAUUGAAAUGUCAUUGUCAGAAGAAGUAUUCUGUGAAGUAUCCUAAACAGAAAUUUGCUAAAAUAACAACCACUUAUAUGUGUAUAUAUGUAUAUGUAUAUAAAAGAGUAGAAUUUUCUUUUGGCUUUAUUUGUAAAUCUCAGUUGUCUUCUGUCAUUUCACACUUGGAGUUAGGGAAUGGAAAGAGUCUGAAUGUCAAAAAACAUUUGAAGACCUAUGUAAAUAAAUUUUUACUGUUUAAAGAAUGGUUUCCUUUUUAAAUUUUUUUUUAAGGAAAUUUUUUCCUAAUUACAUCUGAAAAUAAUUUUUACAUUUUUUUUUAAAAAUUUUGAGUUCUAAAUUCCCCCUCUCUUCCCUCAUUGAGAAUGUAAGCAGUUUUGAUAUAAGUUAUACAUGUGCAAUCCAAUCUUACGAAACAUUUUUGAGUCAUGUUUUGAAAGAAAACAGACCAAAAAUCAAUUAAAAAAAACAAGAAAAAAGAAAAUUUUAAAAAGUAUGCUUCAGUCUGCAUUCAGAUGCCAUUGAUUCUUGCUCUGGAGGGAGACAGCAUUUUUCUUCAUAAGGACUUUGGAAUUGUCUCAAAUCAUAUUGCUGAGGAUAGCUUAAGUUAUUUACAAUUAAUCACUGUACAUUAUUUCUUUUAAGGUAUACAAUGUGCUGGUUCUGUUUAUUUCACUUUGCAUCAUUUCAUGUAAGUUUCCCCAGUUCUUUUUGAAAAUAUUCUCAUCAUUUCUCAUAACAGCAUUCUAUCACAAUUAUACCACAACUUGUUCAGUCGUUCCCCAGUUAAUGGGCAUCACCUCAAUUUCCAAUUCUUUGUCUCCACACAAAAAGCUGUUAUAAAUGUUUUUGUACAAAUAGAUCCUUUCCCCUUUUUUCUUUAAAUCUUUUGGGGCUAUACAGACCUACUGCUAUUGCUGGGUCAACAGGUGUGAACAGAUUUAUAGCCGUUUGGGUAUGGUUCCAGAUUGCUUUCGAGAAUGGUUUUAAUCAGUUCACAAUUCCACCAAUAAAGUGCAUUAGUGUCCCAAGUUUUCGACAUCCUUUCCAACAUUGGUCAUUUUCCUUUUCUGUCAUAUUAGCCAAUCUGGUAGGUGUGAGGUGGUACCUAUAGUUGUUUUAAUUUGUAUUUCUCUUAUCACUAGUGAUAUAGAACAUCUCAUUUAACUAUAGUUUUUUAUUUCUUCUGAAAACUGUUCAUAUCCUUUGACCAUUUAUCAAUUGGGGAAUGUAUUCUUAUAAAUUUAACUCAGUACUCUAUAUAUUUGAGAAAUGAAACUUUGCUGUAAAUAUUUUUUCUUAGCUUCUUAUUUUCUUUCUAAUCUUGACUAUUGGUUUUGUUUGUGCAAAACCCUUUUAAGUUCAUAUAAUCCAAAUUAUCCAUUUUACAUCCCAUAAUGCUGUAUAUCUCUUAGUCAUAAAUUCUUCCCUUUUCCACAAAUGUGACUGGUAAAUUAUUCCAUCCUUCCCUAAUUUGCCUGUGAUCUCACUUUUUAUGUCUAAAUCAUGUACCCAUUUUAACCUUAUCUUGGUAUAUGGUGUGAGAGGUUAUUCUGUACCUAAUUUCUGCCAUACUUUUCCAGCUUUCCCAGUAGUUUUUGUCUAAUAAAGAGUUCUUGUCCUAAAAACUUGGAUCUUUGGGUUUAUGAGACACUAGAUUACUCUGGUCAUUUUCUACUGUGCAUUGCGUACUUAGUCUAUUCCAAUGAUCUACCAAUUUUUAAUACCAGAUUAUUUUAUUGAUUACUGCUUUAUAUAAUAUAGCUUGAAAUCUGGUUUUGUUAGACCACCUUUAUUUCUUUUUCCAAUAAUUUUCUCAUGAUUUUUUUCAUCUCUAUGAAAUUACUUUUUUGACAGUUUGACAGUUUGGGUAAUGAAUAAGUAAGUUAAUUUAGUUAGAAUUUUUUCUUCAAAAUUGUGAAGUGAUUCCCCUCCCUCAAAUGAAAAGCAAAAGUAUUCAUUGCUGAGUAAUAAAGUUGCUACUGACAAGUUGGAAAAAUUCUUAGGUAAAGUAAAAACAGCCUUAUUUAAAAGCUGUAAUUCAACUGUAUGAGAUGAACUCUUAAAACCUUUUCAAUUCUAGGCCCCUACAUUAAAAAUAAUUUGGAAAAAAUCAGUUAAAUUUAUAACAAGUAGCAUUAGAAUUGUUUUAUCUGAGGUAGUUGUAACUUGUACUGUUUGGAGUCACUCAUAUCUUUAUUUAAUGUACAACCUAUGACUGCAAGUUCUUUAAUUUUUCUUAUCGACUCUCAGACUAGACUGGAGUACACAAUCCCAUUGCUUCAGGAUCACAUCAUGAGCUCCAUUGCUAUAACAUAACGUAAAAGUUUCAGUGUUCUUCAAUGAGGAAAGCCAUUAUUGCUUUGUUACUGAUAUAUAACUGAAUUAUCUAAAACUUACAGAUGGUCUCUUAAAGAUUGCCCAAUGGUAUGAUAUUCAAUUAAUUUGCAUCAGUAGUUACUGGUUCUCACCUAAUGCACUUAAAAGUAUAUUCACUAAAAAUAUUUUAAAAUAGAUUCUUUGUACAAGGCAUUCUGUUGAAAUUCUAGCAACAGUUUUUGAAAAUUGAAGUUUUGAAAAACAUUGAAAAAGUGAAAAUCUAUUUGAAAAUUUUGCUUCAGGUGAAGAAAAUUAAGAUGCACUUGGCUUAGUCUUAGCAUUUCUUUUCUUUCCUGUAAUGAAUUUUGACCUAAAUCAAGUUACAAAAAAUAUAUUUGAAAGGUAAACAACAAAAACCCUAACCAAGAGUAUCAUCAAUUCUCCCAUAAUUCUAUUUUAUCAAAUCAUAAUGCUGUUUUAUCAAUCUUUUAUCAUGCUAUUUUAACAAAUCUACCUACUGGUCUGGAUGAGGUGAUAAACUUUAACAGAUUGUUACUUCUUGAUAAAAGAGUUCAGACAGUAUAUAUUGUCCUUACUAGGCAAAUGCUUUUAAAAUGAGCUCCAUUGAUCCAAAAUUAGGUUUUGUUAAUUAACUAGUUAUCAGAGGAUGACUGACAUUCAGUGAGUUUGGCAGAGUUUCAACAUUUAUUUCUGAAUAGUAUGUAGAUUUAGAUGUACUUAAAUUCUGCAAAAUAUAUGAGUUUCAAGUUGGAAAGGGACAGAAAUAUCAAAUGGCUUUCCAUGAAGACUUCCAUCUCUAGUAGACCCUAUAUAGCCAUUGAAAUUUGUAAUGUAAUUGUAGAGGCAAUUUCAACAGCAUAUUUUCAUAAAAUUCAUGGAUAUUUAGUUUAGUUUAGUUAUAUUCUAGUUAACCUGCCAUGGCUUCACAUUUUAGAUUAUAGCUUUUCUUUCUUCAAAAAAUAUUUUUACUUCAUUUUGGAGUUGAUCCCAGAGAAAGACCUUUACUCUUAUUCAGUUUUAGGUCUUAGAAGUAAUACAUAUUUAAGUUUAAAAGAGUAUUUCUGCCAGAUUAAAUGAUUGUCAUUGGAUUUGUUCUGCAUAGAUUUUAUAGAAGACUUAAAUUAUAAACAUGAUUAGCCUAAACCCACAAAUUUCCCAGUGAGUUAUAUUGAUAUUCAAUCAGUGUUGAUAAAUAAUGCUAAAGCAACAAAUUAAAAUCUUGACCUGUGAACAGAUUUUUUUCUCAUUGUGUUAAUAUUUAGGUUCCCACACUAUGCUAUACAGUUCAACUAAACACAACCUUCAUGAGUUGCAAUCUCAGCCUUAGGGGAGCUUUACUUGUUGAACAGCUGACAAUUAAGCAAUAAGACCUUGUGUAAUUUGGAGUCAAAAUCUAUGAAAGCAUGACUUAAGCUUUAAUGAAUGCCUAAAUGGGUGUUGAAGGCUACCAAGUGUUUUCAAAUACCCUACUUCAAUAGAGUAUUGUAACUUUGAAUAGGUCUUUGAUUUGCCCAAGUGAACUGUUACUAUUUUCCAUGUCUGUCCUCCUACAUCAAGGUCUUUAUUUUUUUCUACAUGUAUUUGUGUUCAACUAAAGUCUUAUUGUGAUACCUUAUUCUGGGAACUUGAGAUUCUCGAAGCUUAAACUGGCAGGUAUUCUCAAAUGGAAAGAGUUUUAUGAUUCCAGCAUAGAACUGUUUUCUAAUGACCAGUCUAGCCAAGUGUGGAAAGACUUAUCACCAAAAUAAUAAAAAAUGAUAGUGAUUACAUAGCACUUUACAAAUAGUACCUCAUUUUAACCUCCCAAAAAUACCAGGUUAUGCCCAUUUUACAAAGGAGAAAAUGGAGGCAGGCAGAAGUUAAGUGAUUUGGCCAAAGUCUCAAAAUUAGGUGGAAUCUAAAGUAGCAUUUGAAUUCAGAUUCUUCUGACUCCAGGUCCAACAUCAUCCAUUUUGUUAGUUCCUCAAAAGGUUGGCCAUGAGUUUGUUUGUUUUUUUUUUUGUUUUGUUUUUUGCCCACAGUAACUCAUGAAGCCAUCUAUUAACCCUUGGGUUAUAAUCUGUGUUUAGUAAGUAGAGUGUACUGACUGAUAAAAUUUCAAAAUCAGGUGUUGAAUGGAGCCAGGUCUUUGAUAUUCUAUAUGUGUAUUUCUGGACUUGAGCCAAGAAGACCCGAGUUCAAAUGUGACUUGAGACCCUUAUUAGCUGUGUGGCUUUGGGGAAGUCCCUUAAUACUGUUUGCUUAAUACUCCUCAUAUGUAAAAUGAUCUGGAGAAGGGAAUGGCAAAUCCAGUCUAGUAUUUUUGCCAAGAAAACCCUAAAAGGGAUCACAGAGUUAGACAUAACUAAAAACAACUAACAUCAUGGGGAUUUCUUGUUUUUAAGUUCAGGGAAAAAAAGAAUUAAUAUUCAUCAAAGCUUAUAACAAAAACAUUGGGGGGAGGGGUAGAGUUAAAUGCUACUGAUAGAUAAACAGCAAGGUUGUGUAGAUAGUGUUUACACUCCAAGCACUCCAACUUAAAUGCUUGGUUUAAUUUCAGAGGUUAAAAAUAGAAAUGGUUUUUCUACCAUAAUUUUUGACUUUUUCAAAUGAUCUUACACAUACCUAUUUAUAUCACUUCUCUCAGGUUCUAAAUGGACAUUUCAGAUAAUCUCAACUUCCUUGCCUUGUGGUGCCCUUUGAAGUAUGGUUUUUAAUUUUGUUCAUUUUUUUAGGAUUAAGUAUAUCCAAUAGCUCCAGUUGCAUCUCUGCCAUACUUUAUGAUUUCCACAUUCCUUCUGCCAUUUCCUUAACAUGGAAAGUAAAACCACAAUAUUGGCAAGGAAAUUUUAAAGUUUUUAGAUAUCUUGCUGGGAAGUCAAAGAUGGGAAGGAAUGAUUGAAAGCAUUAAAUGAAUAUGAUUAUCCUGGCACCAUCAAGCUUCUCAUCAUCUACAAGUUCAUUAAAUUGAGUUAUAGCCUUGCUAUGAUUUGGAUGAAUAGGCAUGCAGCUACACUCGUUUGUUGUUGUUGUUGUUGUUGUUGUUGUUGUUUGUUUUUUUGUUUUUCAGACUGACUGGUCCUAUCUUAUUUUCUGGUUCUUGAGAAAAUUCACACAACUGCUCUAGCAGUUUGAUGUGUUUGGAUUUUUGGGGGUUUUUGGUACUUUUAAAUUUGAUUUUAUUUCAGGCUUAGGUCAUUUUACUUGUAGCAAUGAAAGCAAAAGAGCUUCUUGAGGAAAGUGGAGAGAGGAGAAGGACCUUUCCUUUAAAAUGAAUCAUUUUUUAAUAUACAUUUCAAAAAAUUUUAAGUUCCAAUUCUCUCCCUCUUAACCCACCAAGAAGGCAAGAAAUAUAUCAAAUAUACAUGUAAAAUCUUGCAGAAUGUUUUCAUAUUAGCCGUGCUAUAAAAUUGGUUACAUAGAACUAGUGCACUCACUAGUCAACAGGUGGUUAAUAGUUGGGGAAAUAUCUGAAAAUGGUCUUGAGUUUAGAGCAUUGGAUAGAUUGAGAUUUAGAAUCAGGAAGACCCAAGUUCAAUUCUUAGGCCCCAUAUAUUUAUUAGCCAAAUGACCCUGAACCAAGUAAUUUAAAUUCUGUGUCUCAAUUUCCUCCUCUGCAAAAUAGGGAUAAUAAUAGUAUCUAUCUCACAGGAUUGUCAUAAUAAAUAAAUUAAGAUAUAUAAACUUUCCAAAUCUUAAAAUAUCUAAUUGCUAGGUAAUAUUGUUCAUAUUUUGAUCUGAUAGCAUCAAACCCUCCUCAGCUUCUCAGAUGUACCCUAAAACCCCAAAAGGGGUUAUAGCCAACCUUGCUGUGGGAGAGUAAGUUAGAAUAUCAUUAUACAAUAAAAUGGAAUAUUUGAAAAGCAAUGUCUUGUGUUAAGCAUUUAGAUUCUGCUUCUUUAAAUUUCUACAAAAGCCAUAUGCAGUUUUGUGGCAUGCAGGUGACUAGGCCAUUGAUUACAAACCUUUUAGAGCGGUGAGUGAUGUGAGAAAUGUCCUCAGGCACACGUGAAGGGAGAGGGGAAUGGGGAACCUCAACUUUUCCCUUUCAGAAGUAGAUAAAUUUAAGCAAAAAAAAAAAAAGACAAAAAAAGAGAUGAAUAUAAUUUUAUAAAAGUUUGAUAUGAUAGACCUCUGGAAAAAGUAGGAUGGAAACAGAAAGAAAUAUAUCUUUUUCUCAGCAGUACAUGGCACAUACAGAAAAACUGACCAUAUAUAGGGCAUAAAAGCCUCAAACAAAUGUAGAAAAACAUAAAUAUUAAAUUCAUUCCUUUCAGAUAAUGCAUAAAAUUACAUUUGAUAAAAGGCUGUAGUGACAGAUUAAAAGUCCAUCGUGUCUAACAGAUGAGAAACACCUGUUUCAGGUGGGCAGCUAGGAGACAAAGUGGAUAGAGUACUGAGCCUGGAAUCAGGAAGACCCUAGUUCAAAUCUAGCCUUAGUCACUAAAAACUCUUAGUUUAGUGCCUGCAUGUUAUAAGCACUAUACAAAUGUUAGCUAUUAUUAUUAUGAACCUGAGGCCUAAAGAUGUUAACUGACAUGGAAAAAGAAUAUGGGAACUACAAGGUAGAGCCAGGUCCCACUCUUAGACCUCUGUUGCGUCUGGGAUAUAAUUCUGCUUUAUUGGGAUUUGAACUCAUUAGAUGAAGGUAAGGGUAAAAGAGUAGGGAAGAAUUCCCCUCCCAGGCAGCUAGAUGAUACAAUGGAAUCUGGGCCUGGAGUCUGUCUUAGUCAAGCAUUUAUUAAGCACCUACUCUGUGCCAGACAGGAUGUUAAGUGCCCAGGAUAGGAGAAGAGUCAGAAGGCAAUCCUUACUCUCCAGAAGCUCACAAUUUUAUGGAGGAGACAAUAAGCAAAACAUUUAUGUAUACAAACUGUUUACAAGACUAGUUGAAUUAGGGGGGGUAAGGAAAGAUUUCUUGUAAAAGAUGGGGUUUUUAGUUGGGACUUGAGGGAAACCAGGAAGGCCAGCAAUUGAAGAUGAGGAGGAAAUGCAUUCUAGGCAUGGAGGAUAACAAGAAAAGAGAUACCCCAGAGCUGAGAGAUGGUAGUUUAAUAGCAAGAAGGUCAAUGUCACUGGAUCAAAGAGAUCAUGGUAGGGAAUGAGGUAAAAAGAUAGGAAAAGUAAGAGGGGACCAAGAUAGGAAGAGUUUUGAACACUGAAUAGGGGAUUUUGUAUUUGAUUUAGAGGUGAUAGGGAAGCACUGGACUUUAUUGAAGAGGAGAGUGACCAGGUCAAACCUAUGCUUUAGGAAAAUCACUUUGGUGGCUGGAUGGAGGUUGGAUUGAAGUGAGGAGAAAACAAGAGCCAGGCAGGAAAUAAGAGGUGAGUCUGGAGCUAUCCCUACCCUCUCCUAGAGGUUGGUAGUGAUGACUUCCCAUUUUAUUUAUUCAUUACCAUCAAAAUAAAGUCUAAGCUCUGCAUUCAAAGUCCUCUGCAAUUUUACUUUCAUCUACCAUUUUCAACUUUAUUCCAAUAUUCCCAAACUCAAACUUUUUACUCUCUCCAAACAAUUGUUAAAUUUUUUGUGGUUGAGACUGAAUAUUUAUAUAGGUAGUCACCAGGGAUUUAAUUUCUAAAUCCCAAAAUGAAUUAAUAAAGUAAAUGGAAUUUAUGGUAGUUUAUUUACAAUAGAAGGAAGAUAUUAAGGAAUGAGAGAGAGAAAAAACUCUGGCUUCUUCUGAUAUCAGUUAGAAUUUCUAAGCCCCAACCAGGAGAAGAGAAAAAGCAGGGUCACUAAGUCAACCUUUCACUCACCAACGGUGACAAUCUAAAUGGAAAGAAGUCUGGGUGUCUGUCUUCUGGUCAUUCCUCAAGGGUCUCUCUUCCAGUCUCUCCUCCGAGUCAGGGCCUCCAACUUGAAACUCGAAUCGAAUAUCUCUCGAAUGAAUUCUUCUGCCCUUUUGGUCCUCUUAAAGAUCUUUUUCUCUUGUGUCACCUCCUCUAAAUUUUUAUGUCUACCAAUCACAGCAGACACUUUUCUCCCGGACUGCCCACUCUUUAGUUCUCACCUUCUUUGGUUAGAUUAUAUCUUUUUGGGUUACUUUUUUGUACACCUUUUUUGGUAAGUUCACCUUUUGUACUUAACCCCUUUUUGUGGUUAAAAUGGGUAGAUGUACUUAAAAUACUGAGUUAUUACCUUUUUUGUAGAUUAAAAUCUAAAAAUAGAUUGUGGAUUACAAUUUAAUCUUCCCAAUAAAGGAAGAGCUAAGUACCUUCAUUGUUACAAUCAGGAGAUAGCUAAAUCCAAUCUUCACACAGCCCACCAAAAAACUGAUUCUUUCUGUUUACUAGCCCUUGUCAUUUAGUUGUAUCUGAGUUCAUGACCCUGUGGACCACACUGUCCAAGCGUUUUCUUGGCAGAGAUACUAAAGUGGUUUGCCAUUUCCUUCUCUAGGAGAGUAAAGCAAACAAAUUAAGUGACUUGCCCAGAGUUGUAUAACUAAUAAGUGUCUGAGGACAGAUUUGAACUCAGGUCUUCCUGACUCCAGGUCUAGUGCCACCUAGCCACCUGAGCCACCUGUCUAUUUAGCACUUGCCUGUUUAAAUUUCUUGGAAUUUGAAUUUAUGUUGCAAUUUGUCUCAUACUUGUAAGAUUAAAAUAAUAACUCAUUUUUAUACUAACCGUGAAGUCUUGUAAAGUGGUUUACAUUCACAUAUUUUUAUUAGAUAUAAUAACUGUGUGAGGUAAGUGCUACUAUUUUCAGCCCUUCUUUACAUAUGAGGAAACUGAGGCUGAGAGGUAUGACUUGCCUGGGGUCACAUAACUAUUUUAUUUAUGAGGCAGGAUUCAAAUCUAGACUUUCCUGACUUCAAAUCCUUUGCUUCAAUCCAUUAUGAUAUGCUGCCUUUAAUCUUAAUUAGAAAUGAAUUAAAAUUUAUACUAUUAUUUUAAAAGUUAUACUUUUGUAGGAAAAGUGGAUAGAUCAGGUACUACUCCUACUUCUCUCAGUUAUCAACUCCAGGGGAAAAGUCUAUGUUUGCAGUAUUAACAGGUACCCUGGCAGUAUCAAAAUAAUCUAUGUAGAAUCAGAUGAAUGCAUAAAUUAUGGAAAACAUCAUGACAAUAAAGAUUUUAGGAAUAAGGGAAUCUUUGUUAAUUUGAAUGAAAGGAUUCUUAGCACUAUUCUAUUUCUUUCUCCAACUUUUAGUAUGAUCUUGUAAAGUUGGUUCUAGGAGGCAGCUUGAGUAGCUCAGUGGAUUGAGAGCCAGGCCUAGAGAGAGGAGGUCCUAGGUUCAAAUCUGGCCUCAGACACUUCCUAGCUGUAGGACUCAAGAGAAGUCACUUGACCCCCAUUGCUUAGCCCUUACCACUCUGCCUUGGAACCAAAACACAGUAUUGAUACCAAGACAGAAGGGAAGGGUUUUAAAAAGAAAAGAAAAGUUGGUUCUUCUCUGGGUAGUUGCUUCUUUGAUUCUGUAGUUGCUACUUUCAGCUACCUUAUUUAAUAGGAUGACAUCUAUAACUAAUGUUCCUAUUAUAUAUGUCAACCUGUUCAAGAAGUCAAAUGGAAUCUGUCCGUAGAAUUCACUGUUAUGUUGAUAGGAAUUCCUUAAAAAUCUCAUUAAGUUCUUUCAUGUCUAUUUAUAUUGAAGUAGCAUGUCAAAGCCACUCAGUCCAGCCCUUUAGCACUUAGCAAUUUACAGUUUUGUGCUUCUUGAAUGAGAUGCAGUUAUUUUCAGUUGGUAUCUCAGCUAAUUAUUUUUUUCUCAUUUGCUGCUACUCUCAAGUGUCUUCUAAUCCAAACUAUGUCAGAAGAAUGAUAUAUCAUGUGCUCUCUUAUGCCAUGAAACAUAGGGAAACUGAAGUAGUAUAUUCUAGCUUCAAGGAGCCAUCUCAAACAUUCUUUGGGAAUUCUAUGACUUAGAAUCCAUAUACUGUUAGAGCUAAAUUGAACCUUAGAAGCCUCCUACAAUACAUCCCUCAUUUUACAGAUGAUGAAAUGGAGCACCUGAGACAGGUAGUGAACAAAUUAGUGGCAGACACAUUGCCUCAAAUUCUUAGAUUAAAGUUUGCUACUACACUGCCCUUGUAACUUUUAUUUAAAGUUAUGUAAGACAUUAAGUCAAUUUGAGGAAAAGGUAGACAGUGUAAGGAAAUAGGAAGGCAUCAGAUAAUUUAUACUCAGACAUAAGAAAGUAAUGGAGAAAAUGUUAAGAAGGCAGAUUGAGUUUAAAAGUAUCUAUGUGCACAAGUCAUUAAACAUUUACUAGUAUACUCUUGCCUAAAAUCAAAUUUUAAUUCCGAGCUAAGGCCUCCCCUUAUUACUGGAUCUCCCCCCUCAAACCUUGCCACCCCACUUGGCAUCUAGAUUUUAUCUCCACUCUGCCUAUAAAAUAUUUUUAUAUAAAAACCAGGAAAUGGAGUCAGGUCUGAACCUAAUUCUGUGGCCUCAGGUCUAUAAGGGAAGUUCAUUUAUCUUUCCUCAGAGUCUAUCAGAUUCUUUCAGUCUCAGGUUCAUCCCUUCAUAGGAAAUAAGAAUCUGGCUCCUUUUAGAGAUUUAAGAAAAAGCUUAUUAAUAGCUUAAAGGAUCAUCUUAGAAGAUAGAAAUAACUACUCCUGGAGUCAUGAAUACAUGAGCUCGAGUCCUGUCUCUUACAUAAAUUAGUGUAGUGAUACUGUUGUGAUUUGGCUUACAGGGAGGUCAGAAUAGAUACAUCUCUGUCAUUUCUUAUCCCCAUCCUUCUCCAAGAAAAACUUGAUUUCUGACAGGAGAGAAGAGCAGAAGGUUGGAAACCAUAGGGUUACUACUUUGCUCUCCUCAGAAAGGAGUACUAGGCUAAACUUAUAUUUAUAUUCUUCCUUAAAUAUUGUGGCUAUUUGUCAUAUUUUAUACAUAUAUUGUAUUUUAAUAUUUUCAGGUUCCUGCUAAACUCCUGAUUGCUAUUUCUUAUUUGGAAAUCAGUCUUAAGUCUAAGGCUUGACUCUGUAGAAGCCCAUUCAGGAAGUCAAUGCUUCAUUUGACCAUGUAGUCUCCUCCCUUACAUGACUUGGUGCACAUGUGCUGAAUAAGGGGCUAUAUUUUUAGGUUAAUUUUAUACACCAAGGAUAGGGACAUGAUGCUAUCUGCUUUCUUUUUAUGGGUAAAUUCAUCCCAUUCACAUUCAAUGUCAUAUUGACUAGUUAUUUGUUUUUCUCCAUUCUGUUUUUCUUCAUUGUCUCUGUCCUAUUUCUUCCUUUUUGUUUUAUCCCUCCUCAGACGUAUCUUAACCUAAGUCCCUCUCUACUUAUCCCCUCACCUUACUCCCUAAUUUCUUGAUAUGUAUCCCCUUCUUAGUAACCUUCCCUUUUUUUUAUCCCCUGCCCUCUUUUCUUUUAAUCAACUCUUUCUUCCCUUAGUCUCUUGGUCCUUCAAGGGGGCUAUCCUUUGCCAGGCCCCUUCCUUUUCCUAACCCAAUCCAUCCCUUAAUCCUUCCCCUUUCCCUCCUGUUUCUCUAUGCAUUAAGAAUAUGUUUACCCUUAUUAUUGUGUAUGUUUGCUCUUUAUCCAAGAUCUGAUGAGAAUAGGAUUUUUCUAGUAUAAAAGAAAUUUAAAUUUAAAUUUGCUCUCCUUAAAACUUCCCAUACUUCUUGUGAAGUUACCACAAUCCAUCUAAUCACCAAGGUUAGCAAUCCUGGCAACAUUAUCUACCUUUUCUCCCCCAUCUCCAUAUAAAAUUAGUUGCUAAGUCUUGUUCAUUCUACUUUCUUAAAAAAGAAUUAAAUAUAUUUAUUUGUUAUAAGAAAAUUCUCAGAUAUCUCCCUCCCCUCCCCUGCUUUAGAGAAGGCAUCACUUGAUUUUAUUCCUAACUGCAAGAGUUAGAAAGAGAAACUUUUACAAUCACUCUAGACAAUAUAAAAUAUUUAGGAAUCUUAUCUGCCAAGACAAACACAGGAACUCUAUGAACACAACUACAAAAUACUUUUUAUACAAUUAAAACUGGAUCUAAAUAAUUGGAAAAGCAUGAAUUGCUCAUGGGUAGCAUGAGCUAAUACAAUAAAAAUGACAAUCUUACCCAAAUUAAUCUACUCAUUCAGUGCCAUACCUAUCAAACUACCAAAAAACUUUUAUAAAAUUAGAAAAAAGUAUAAGAAAGUUUAUCUAGAAAAACAAAAGAUCAAGAUUAUCAAGGGAACUAAUAAAAAAAUGUGAAGGAUGGGGGUCUAGCAAUACCAGAUCUUAAACUGUAUUAUAAAGCAGUGGUCAUCAAAACAAUAUGGUACUGGCUAAGAGACAAAAAGGUGGAUCAGUGGAAUAGAUUUGGAGUAAAUGAUCUCAGCAAGCUAGUGUUUGAUAAGCCCAAAGAUCCCAGCUUUGGGGACAAGAACUCAGUAUUUGACAAAAAUUGCUGGGAAAAAUGGAAAACGGUUUGGGAAAAAUCAGGUUUAGAUCAACAUCUCACACCCUACACCAAGAUAAUUUCAAAAUGGGUAAAUGACUUAAACAUAAAGAAGGAAAUCAUAAAUUAGGUAAACAUAGAAUUACAUACCUGUCAGAUCUGUGGAAAAGGAAGGAAUUUAAGACUAAGUAAGAGAUAGAGAACAUUACAAAAUAUAAAAUGAAUGACUUUGAUUUUUAUCAAAUUAAAAAAAGUUUUAUACAAAUACAAUCAAUACAACCAAGAUUAGAAGAAAAGCAGCAAACAGGGAAAACAUUUUUAUAACAAAAUUCUCUGACAAAGGUUUAAUUUCACAAAAAUAUAAGGAACUAAGUCAAAUUUACAAAAAAUCAAGUCAUUCGCCAAUUGAUUUUUUAAAAAUGUAUAUACACUAUGUCUUGCUUAUUUCUACUUAUUAGUUCUUCCUUUAGAGUUAGCUGUAAGCAAUGAAGAGAUUGUGCUCAUUUCAUUCUUGAAAUUUCAUGUAGGUCUUUCCAUGUUUUUUAAAAAAUUAACCUGCUAGUCCUUUCUUACAGCACACAAUCCCAGUCACAAUUUGUUUAACCAUUCCCCAAUUAAUGGUUAUCCCCUCAAUUUCCAGGUCUUUGCCACCACAAAGAGUUGCUAUUAAUAUUUCAGGAAAUAGAGAUUCUUUUCCUCCCCCCCCCCCCUUAUCACCUUAUAAUAAAUUUUAAAAUAAUUUUAUUGAUGCUCUUUCCACCAAAAUCUAUCAUCUCUUGGCCAACUGUCUCUUCUUUGUAGCAAAGCAAAAUCAAUAACACAUUUUGUAACAAAGUAAAUCAGCAUCAGCCAGGUCUGAGAAUGUGUCUCUUAUUCUAUGUACCUAAUUAGUUACCUCUCUGCCAAGAGGUACGUGGUGUGCUUCAUCUUUUAUCUUUAACGUUAUGCUUAGUCAUUGCUUUUAUCAGAGUUCUGAGGUCUUUCAGAAUUGCUUCUCAUAUUAUUUUAGUCAUCAUGUAGAUUCUUCUUUUGACUGCUCAUUUCAUUCAACAUCAGUUCAUACAUGUCUUUCCACAAAUAUAUAACACUUAAAACACUAUAUAAAUGCUAGCUAUGAUGAUGAUGAUGUUCUGAAUCUACAUAUUUCUCAUUUCUGGUGGCACAAAAUAUUCCAUUAUAUUCAUAUGCUACAAUUUGUUCUGCUAUGCCCCCAAAAGGUUGGGUACUCACUUUGUUACUACUUCUUUGUUACAACAAAAAUAUGCUGCUAUAAAUGUUCAUGUUAAUAUAGGUUCUUUGUCCUUAUCUUCCUAGGUCAUAUUCCUUUCAUGACUAAUAGUACUACUAGGUAAAAGAGUAUGUACAAUUUGGCAACUUUGGGGGAGUAUAGUUCCAUCUGUUUUCUAGAAUAAUUUAAACAAUUCAAAGGUCUAUUAAUAAUUCAUUCGAAUACUAGUCUCCCAAAUUUUUUCCUACAUUUUACUUCAUCUUUCACUCAGCUGUCAAAUUGAUCUUUCUAAAGUACAAGCCUAAUCAUGCCACAUCCAUUCAAUAAACCUUAAGGGCUCCCUCUCUCCCUCUAUUACUCCUUCCCCAUACCCUCUAUUCUCUAAUUAUUUUGUGUUCUAGUCAUAUCGACUACCUUGCUGUUCUUCCCACAAAAAAGUCCAUCUCAUAUUUUCACUGGUUGUCACCUAUUACUUGAACUCACUCCAUACUCACCUGUUUGUUUCCUGGAUUUCUUAAAGUCUCAUCUAAGAUGCUACCUUUUGCAAGAAACUUUUUUACAUACCUCUUAAUUCAGGUGCCUUCUCUCUGACAAUUAUUUCCAAUUUACUCUGAACAUAUCUUGUUUGUACAUUGUUGCAUGUGUGAUAUCUACCCCACUGGACUGUUAGCUCCUUGAAGGACUGUUUCCCCACUUAUUUUGUAUUCCCAUUGCACAGUGCCUGGCAUAUAAUAGGCACCUGAUAAUGCUUGUUGACUUGACUUAACUGUUUUCUAUUUUUGUCACCUUUGCCAUUCUUAUGAGUAUGAAAUAAAAUUUCAGAAUUGUUUCAGUUUGCA